UUCCUCCAUUGACUUUUCCUAUUUGCCACCUCCUUCGUUCAGCGUCGGUUUAUUGCUCAUUGGAGACACUUGGCCCACGGAUUGGUGGUUUUCUUUACCGGACAACUUGUUUUGCAGUUAGGCUAGAACGGCAGUGCUCCAUUUCUUGACCUCCUUUCAGAUUUAUUCCUCACCCUCUGUUUCUGUUGCUGUUUAUUGCCUAUCACGAAACCACUAGUGUGUGUGCUCAGCAGUAUACCCACAUGACUUCGACAAUCAUGCAUCCACCGCUCAGCUGGCAGCAGCCACCCCAGCAGCCACUACUUGCCUCUGCACGUUCCUCGGCCAGCAGCUACAAUUCGGUGUCUGUGUCCUCGACAGCAGUACUCUGGGCUUUACCGCAUAUGCUCAUUGUCCUGCGCUUUGGUGUCUUUGGCAGAAAAUCGCUAUUUAAGCGUGCUAACGAUGUCCUGGUAAACGCGAUCCUUUUUGACGUUGCAGCUAUCCUCGUUCUCAUGUCGCCCACCUUUAUCGGCCUCAUGCAAAAGACGUUCUUGCCCAGAUACAUCUCAUUUGAGAGGAAUGUUGCCGCACAUACGACAGCGGCGGAGUACUUACUCAUAUGGUCACUCAUCCAUAUGGGCCUUUACUAUAAGCAUUACAUCGACCAGUCGUAUCCACAGCAAUCGGCUCUAUCCGCAGACGGGUCUACGAGCGCUUCUACUGGCUGCACCACCUCUUUGUUUUUUACAUCCUCUUUCUGUUUAUACACCACAGGAACAAGGAGGCGUACAAGUACCUCUACGGGCCAAUGGCACUAUACUGCCACAGAUCGUGCCUAUCGUGGCAUGCGCAGCGCUUUCGGACGGUCGCCCAUUCAGUGCGUUGUGCAGCACCCAUCAGGCGUCGUCGAGCUGAAGCUUGCAAAGAUGAUAACUGGAAUUCGCCCAGGCCAAUAUGUCAAGGUGUGCUGCCCGUCAAUCUCCCCUUACCAGUGGCAUCCAAUAACCAUAUCGGGCGCUUCAGGCGAUGGCUCUCUAACGCUUCAUUUCCGGGUAGAGGGUAGCUGGACUCGUCGGUUGGCGGAGCGCGUUAAUUGUGAUUUUGGCAAAGAUCCCCGCAAAUCAACAGCACAGAAGACCUUUGUGGUGGGUAGCGCUGACGCUCUAUGUGAGUCUGGAACUGCUGGUGCCGCAGCUGUAGGUGGCCUACGCAUCGUCGACCUGCCUCAAAUAUUCGUUGAUGGACCCUACUCUGCAUCUUCACAAAACUUCCGCCUACACAAUGUCAACAUCCUUAUUGCGGCAGGCAUUGGCGUUACACCGGCAGCAUCUGUUAUCGCCAGCUUGAAGUCAGAAGUCGGUCACGGAAAGGGCAGCACAAGAGCAAAGAAGGUGUACCUGUUUUGGGCGUUCCGUGACAUUGGUGCGAUAGAGUGGUUCAAGGAUCUGUUUGUAUCACUGGAGGACGAUGGUCUUAGUUCCACUUAUUUGCGUGUGAACUCCACGGGCUCUCAGCGCUACCAGCAGAAGAUAGGGAUGUAUUUGGCGACAAACACGUUCACACCGCAUCCUGGUCUACGCGUCUACCUCGGCCGCCCAGAUAUCAACACCAUAUUCCAGUGUAUUUAUGUGUGGUCCAAAGCUCAUGAUUCGGGACACACAGAAGUUGGCUGUAAAGUGGGAUAA